AUGGCGAUUGAUGGUGGCGAGCGUAACUGUGGAGUGCAUGAGCUGAUCUGCGUCAGAAAAGUCUCUCCAGAGGUGCUGGGGUUUCUGACAGCUAUUGGACUCUUCAUCAUCCUCAUGACCUUCCUCUUCUGGUACCUCAACAACAAGUUGGAGCUAGAGAAUCCAGGGAGCCUGCAGUGCCUUGAUGAGUUCAGGAAAACCACAGAGCUGCAAGUGGACAGAAUUUACAAGGCCUACUCUGACGCCAACCUGCAGGGCUCAUCAUCAGACAGCGAGGAUGAGCUGAUGGGUCAGUAUCAGGAAGCGGUCAGCCGCUCCCAGGGCCUCCGGGGAGGAGCCAAGGCAGCCGCUAAUGUCAAGCACGGAGGAGGCUUCAGCUGGGAGAGUCGGCAUAAGUACAGCCCCCUGAGUGCUGAUUAUGAAGGCUACAGCAGCGAAGCUUCGGCCGAUGACGUCAACUGCAUUCAGCGAAUGAGACGCACACCGCCACUGGAUGAGCUUCAGCCACCACCCUAUCAGGAUGAGAAUGGCUCUCCACGGAUGUCCUGCACACUGUCCGACCUGGGUGACGCCAAGUGCGAUCUGUCCCAAACCAGCGGCAGUCCUCACUUGUCCUUUGGCAAAUGUCCUAGUGUGGACAGUGACGACCAUGAGAGUUACCUCAACAAGGGCUAUGAGGAGGAUGUACCCAGUGACAGUACCGCCGUCCUCAGCCCAGAGGAUAUGUCUGCCCGAGGAUCAGCAUCACAGCUCCCUAAAGGUUACGAACCAGAUCCCAUUGCAAAAUACGGCACUCUGGAUGUAGUGUUUGACUAUGACUCAGAGGAGCAGCAGCUGGCGCUGACCAUCAUGGCAGUAACGGACCUCCCCGCCCACAAACGCACUGGCAACUUUUCCUGGCAGGUCCACCUAGUGCUGCUACCCACCAAGAAGCAGAGAGCAAAGACGGGGAUCCAGCGAGGCCCGUGUCCCAUCUUCACAGAGACCUUCCGCUUCAGCCACGUGGAGUCAGAGAUGAUCAGCAAUUACGCUCUCCGCUUCCGCCUUUACAGUAUGCGGCGGAUGAAGAAGGAGAAGGUGCUCGGGGAGAAGGUGUUCUACCUCACCAAGCUCAACCUUCAGGGCAAAAUGUCGGUGCCAGUCAUAUUAGACCCAUGCUGUGCUCUCCUGGGUGGGGAAUCCCAGGUGAGCCUUUCAGAUUUGACAUGCAGCGAAAGCGCCUCAUCAUUCCAGUCAGUAAGUCAGACUUCCACCCCAGAGAUCCUUGUGGGCCUGGUGUACAACGCCACGACAGGACGUCUCUCUGUGGAGAUCAUCAAAGGCAUCCAUUUCAAAAACCUAGCUGCCAACAAGCCACCCAAUGGACUGUUCUGUUGUCUAAAACACUUGAUAGGUGGACAGGUUUAUAUUAUCAGAGAUACAUAUGUUAAGCUGACCUUACUGAACUCCAUGGGUCACGAGAUGUCCAAGUGUAAGACAUCCAUCUGUCGGGGUCAGCCCAACCCAACCUACAAAGAGACGUUUGUCUUCCAGGUAGCCCUUUUCCAGCUAUCGGACGUCACGCUCAUUCUCUCCGUCUACAACAAGCGCAGCAUGAAGCGCAAAGAGAUGAUUGGCUGGAUUUCGCUCGGCCUCAACAGCUCCGGAGAGGAGGAGCUCACCCACUGGACGCAGAUGAAAGAGUCUAAAGGACAGCAGGUUUGCCGAUGGCACAGUUUGCUGGAGUCCUAACAGUGACAGAAGAGUAUGAUGAGGAAGUGCUGAGGGGUAACUGCACAGAGCAGUUGUUGUCCCAGAGGAGCGAGACAUGGAUUCAGCAGGGAAACAGGAAUGUGACAGAACCAUGUGUUCAGUUGUUCAUCACAGCAUAGCAUAAUAAUUUUCAUGGCACUGUGUCUAAACUCACAUUGACAACCAUUGAUAGUAGUAUAAUAUGGAAAGAAAUGUGAUGUCAAGGGUUGUCUUGGAAAGAUCUUAUCCUUUUUUUCUGCAGAUGACACUCUGUCCUUUGAACUGGUUAAGAUGUAGCCUGUUCCUAGAUGCAGGUCCUGGAUAAUAUUCACAAGAAAGUUAAAGUCUGGUAAUUUUGUGUACCCACACCUCUGGCUCAAACAACGGUUGCAGGAUCAUCCUUAAUCUUCUCAUAGAGACUUUAAUUCUGAUCCUUGAGCAAGCUUUGAAGGUCUCAGAGCAAAAAUCAUUGGUUUUCUCAGAAUUUGUAGAACAAGUAUGUCAUUAAUUGAACCUUUCCCUUAAAAAAGCCACAAAUGAAAAUAAAUGGCCAUUGCAAAUACAUAGUUAGUUUAAUGUUUAAGUCACAGUGGAAUGAAAAUGAGUUGCGAUCGCCUUCUUACUUGCCCAGUGAGCUCAUGAUACAUAGACUACUAGGUAUAGCAGAUAUUUGAAUAGUAUUCUGAUAAUUUUUUUAUCUGAAAAAAAUGUGUGAAGUCCUUUUACUUUGAAACGGGUACAGGAAGUGUUGCAAAAAAUUUUGUUUGUGGUAUAUUCGACAGACAUUGAAACUG